UAACCCUAUUUGCCCCAGUUUCCUCAUCGGUAAAAUAAGCCAGAAAAGGAAAUAUAGUGUGGUUUGGAAUGUGUAAAUAUAGGUUAUAGGGUCUGUUUGAGUUGCAAUUCUUUUACUUGAAUUCAAGUCAGUAAGCAUUUAUUAAGCAUGUAUUUUGUGCCAGGCACUAUGCUAAGAGGGAUUUUUAAAAAUCCUUUUUCCUUAGGGAGCUCACAGUCUAAGUUGUUAAUUAUGUAGGUUUGAGAAUUUCUUCAGCUUUCAAGUCUCAGUUUAUUCAUCUGUAGAAGAUAGUAAAAUGGAAGGAAGAAAGAGAUUUGGAUGAGAUUAUUUCUCAUAUCCUUUCCAGCUCUAGCAUUCUAUUAUUCUGGAUACUUUUUUUUUUUAUUAUGGCUUAUUUAAUUUUAAGUUGCUUUUUUGCAUCAAUUUAAGGAAGUGUGUGAAGAAUUAGACACAACUCAGAGGAGAUGCAUCUAUUUUCAGAUAUGAAUGAAAAAUUUAAGGGAUAAAAGGAAAGCUGAGGAACUUUUUAAUAUCUUCAGUGUUAGGUUUUCAUAGUAUGACUUAAUUGUUUUCUUUGAAGCUCUAUGAAUUAUGAUCUCAAAAUGAAAUAUAUUUUCCAUUUUUAUAUUUCAGUACUCCAGUUAUUUGAGGCAGCUAGGUGGCACAGUGCAUAGAGUGCCAGGCCUGGAGUCAGGAAUAUUCACCUCCCUGAGUUCAAAUCUGGCGUCAACACUUAUUAGAAGUGUGAAUCUGGACAAGCCACCAAAUCCUGUUUGCCUCAGUGAGCUGGAGAAGGAAAGGGCAAACCACUCCAGUAUCUUUGCUAAGAAAACUCCCCAAAAUGGGUGAUGAAGAGUCAACAUAACUGAAAUGAUGGUACAACAACAACUCCAUUUCUUUUAAUUACCUUAAGUUUAAGAAUGGUCCGUAGUGGCAAAAAUGGUGGUCUUCAUUUAAAGCAGAUUGCGUAUUACAAGCGAACAGGUGAAUAUCAUCCAACUACAUUGCCAAGUGAGAGAAGUGGAAUAAGGAGAGCAGCAAAAAAAUUUGAAUUCAAAGAGAAAAAGCUAUUCUAUAUUGGAAAGGACAAAAAACAAAAUCGUUUAGUAAUUAUCUCAGAAGAAGAGAAGAACAAAGUCCUAAGAGAAUGCCAUGAAAACAACACUGGAGCUCAUCAUGGCAUAUCCAGAACCCUUACUCUAGUAGAAUCUGGUUACUAUUGGACAUCUGUGACCAAUGAUGUCAAACAGUGGGUAUAUUCUUGUCAGCAUUGUCAAGUGGCGAAAAACUCAACUGUCUUAACGCGCAGAUAUCAGCCUCUUAAAGUGGAAGAACCAUGGAGUGUUGUUACUGUAGAUUUGAUGGGACCUUUUCUUUCUAGCAACAGAAGCCAUAUGUAUGCCAUAAUUAUUACCGAUUUGUUCACAAAAUGGAUUGUGAUUUUACCUCUUCGUGAUGUUUCUGCAUCUGAAAUUUCUAAAGCAAUUAUUAGUAUAUUUUUCUUAUAUGGUCCCCCUCAGAAAAUAGUGAUGGAUCAAGGAGAUGAAUUUAUUCAUCAGAUUAAUGGAGAACUCUUUGGACUUUUUGGUACAAAGCAAAUGGUCAGUUUCUAUCCAUCUCAACCAGAUGAUGCAAAUGAAAGAACUGCAAACACAAUUAAAAUUUUUCUUUCAAAAUACUGCCUCGACCACCCAAAUGAUUGGGAUGACCAUCUACUAGCUAUUUCUUAUGCCUUCAAUUUGACUCAUUUGGAACCUUCAAAAAAUACACCAUACUUCCAAAUGUUUAAUCGAAAUCCAGAAGAACUUGGAGCUUCAGAUGUGUUUCAUAAAGGAGAAGGUAGUGAUAGCAUAUGCAUGUUUGCCAAAAUUUUACGUGCAGUUAAAGACGCUGAUAAAAUAAUGGUGGACAAGACAACAUCAUCAUGCCAAUUGGAUAAUCCCAUUCAUGAUGAAACACAAAGUAAAAACAAAAUUAUCAUUAAAAAGAGACCAAAGCAACAGAAUCCAUUUCACCUUAAAGUUGGACAUGAAGUUCUACGACAAAGGAAAAAUUGGUGGAAGAAUGGACGUUUUCAUUCAGAAUGGGUUGGUCCUUGUGUCAUAGACUACAUUACAGAAAAGGGAUGUGCUGUCCUAAGAGACAACACAGGUACCAGACUUAAGAGACCCAUCAAAAUGUCACACCUUAAACCUUAUAUAAGAGAUUCUGGUGAACAAGAUAACCAUUAUCAUUUGCAUGAUUCAAUAGUGGCUGAUCAUGACUAUGUUGGUUUACCUGAAAUUCCAAUUGCAUCAUACCAGCCAGAAAUUCUUGUAGAAGAUGCAACUAUUUGUGCAGCAGAUGACAAAUUACUUGUACCAAGCAAGGAUCAUGGACUAUCAGAAAGCAAAAAUUCUAAAAUUUCUCAACUAUUUGAAGAUCAUGGCAUUCAACCUGUCAACUUAAAUCUUGAAAAACAGACUUUUAGUCUGUUGGAUUCUUCAAACCAAGGCCUUGAUUAUUUAAAUUAGAUAAAUUCAAGCAGCGUUUGCUUAGAAUUCAUAACUCUUUUAUAAUGCUUUGACUACAUUAGACAAAAAAAAGAUGUUAACAUUAAAUCCUGAAAUGGUUUAAGCUAUUUAUUUAGUAAAAUAUGUAUAUAUGUAAUGUGUGUGUGCACAUGUGUAUGUAUAUACACAUAUAAAACACAUAAUUACACUAUAUAUAAAAAUGAUAAAUGUAUUUAAGGUAAAUAUUAUGAAAAAUGUAUUUUUCCCAAAAGAAGUAGAGGGUGUGUGUUUAAAACCCCUUCACUUUAAUAAAAGAAAAUUAAAUUCUA